GUCCACCAACAAACCAAAGCCCGAACAAGAAAAACAAAGCAAGAAACAAAAAUCCAACAAGGGUUUUAGGAGGAAACAAGAGAAACAGAGUGUUAGUGAGGAACUGUUCUGUUCCGAAGUGAUUCAUUCCACUGCUAUGAAGUUUCUUCAAUCUCUCAUUGCUCAAUCCCGUUAUGCAGCGCGUGCCGGGUCACUGAAUCGGGUCUCGGGGCUCCGAUUCUUCUCCGUUUCCACGGAAGAGUAUUCCAAGAGAAACUAUGCAAACAACGUUGCCGAGUACAACACUGUUUUGGGUUCUCUCACUGCACAAAGAAGGAAUUUCUUGCUGAGGGAUGUGUACGAUGAUAUGAUGCUUGAUGGGGUGAAGCCUACGCGUGACACUUUCCAUUCCCUUGCUGUUGGAACCAUGAAAGCAGCUAGAAUGCAAGAUGCUUUCUACUUCGCGGACCAAAUGAAAAUCAUGGGUUUGCUUCCUGAUGUUACUUUAUACAACUUUCUGAUUUCGACUUGUGGGAAAUGCAAGAACUCGAAUAAGGCUAUUCAGAUUUUGGAAGAGAUGAAAUGCAUGGAAGUAAAGCCAAAUAUACAAACAUACAUCUGCUUGCUAAAUGCUUGUGCUGCUGAUGGACGCAUAGACCGAGUGUAUGCAAUUGUUCGUGAUAUGACUGCAGCUGGUCUGGGAUUAAAUGAGUUCUGCUAUGCUGGGCUUAUAGUUGCACACAAGAAUAAAACACCUCUUCCUGAUGAUUUUGCUGCAAAAGUUAUUGAGUUUGUGGAGAGAUCGAAGAUGUGGUCUUCUGUUGAAACCAACAGUGCCAAUGCUGAGAAUGUGAUGAUGGGUGUUUCAGAUGAGGAGUUAUACAGCUUACCAACAGCAGAAUAUGCUCAUAGGCGUGGAGGAUUUGUAGUUAGACAAUUUACAGCAUAUCAUACUGCAUUUCAUGCUGCUGCAGACCUCAAAAAUGUUGAGUUGACGGACACACUUUUGGAAAUGCUGAACAAGCAGGGGAAAACUCCUGAUAUCUUUAUUCUGAUGCAAGUAAUUAGGUGCUAUUGUCAUGCAGGAGAUAUUGAGCGUGGUCUUCAAAAUUUUGAGAACCACCUAAGGCAGGACAGGUCUGUUCCUGCAGAACUUUUUGUGACUCUUGCAGAAGGGGCAAUGGUUGGGUACACUGAAAAAGGAAUGCAAAUGGCUCAAGAUAUUCUGGUAAGGAUGAACGAGAGAAACAUUUUUUUGAAUAACAAAUUGGGAAGUGAGCUCCUAUUUACAGCUGCGGGAGAAAAGACUGGGGGAUAUAUCACUGCUAACUACAUAUGGGACUUGAUGCAAGCUCGUGGAAUUACCCCUUCGUUUCCUGCAGUAGAAGCAUAUUACCAAGGCUUAAAAGAUCGAGAGAUACCUGAAGAUGAUCCUAGACUUGUAUUGGUUUCUAGAAUACACAAAAACCUUAGCGUGAGAUUCGGGAACAGGACGAACAUAAAUUUAUAGAGAUUUAGGCUCUUCCCUUAUUGUUAAGAAUUCUGCUAGCUGCUUAUGAGUUUGCUAUUUUGAAUCAAGAAUCCAUAAGUUACCUGAAUUAUUUGUUUGAUUCAUGUAUGGCAUGGUACGUAGAAUCCAUGUAUUCACACAGGGUUUUGCUGUUGUCCAGAGUAAGUUUAACUAAGUGUUGGUAUUUUAGGAGAUUAUGUAGAGCAUUUUAUACCUUUUCCCACCAUUUGAUGGUUUAUGUUUCUUUUCUUUCUUUCUUUUUUCUUUUUUGAAAUAAGUAUUUGUUUCAGAGUGUGAAUACAUGAGGUAGCAUUGAUGUGAAGUUAUUUCAAUGUCAAUGAGGAAUACGUUGUUAUUUGUAAUUUACACUAAUCUCUUUUAAUUGUUGACUUAACACGGCUAUCACCUCAAGGAGGAAUAAGUCGUGUGGUUUUUGUA